AUGCAAUCAGAAUACUUAACCCCACUUCAAAAUGACCCAAAAGACAAGUUUGUAAAUAAUAAUAAUAACAAUAAUAAUAAUAAUAAUAAAUAUGUGACCGCACUACCCACAAACAAACGAUCUUCGUGUAAAAUGAAUUCUGACUCUCAUAAACCGGUCAUUUUGAAUAAUAAACCUGAUCACAUAAAUCACUUAGAACAAAAUAAUGACAAUACAAAAGAUUUGUUAUCUCCUGGUGAUUUGGUUAAAGAUAGAUGGAGAGUGAUAUGUAAACUAGGAGGAGGCGGUUUUGGUGAAAUCUAUGAAGCCGUUGACACAAAACUAAAACGUGUACAACAUUCAUCAUCUACAUCAUCAACAUCAUCAUAUUAUAAUGAAUCACAGUCAAAUUUGAAACGUUACCAUCCAGAAUAUUCACUGUGUAUAAACUGCGCAACAAACAGCACUCUAAACAUAGCGGUUACUUCACCAUCCAGUGGUCAAAAUGAUUCUACGGUUAUAAAAUUAAAACACGAUAUUGGCUCAGAUAGUGGUAUUGGUGGUGUACAAGCUUUUUCAUCAGAUACACAAAUUCAGCAUGGUACUAGAAUCAAUUCAGCUGGUACAACUACAUCAGCUUCGUUAUCUUCACGUCGCUUAAUACUUACAUGCAACGAAAAUAAUCCUAAUAAAAAUAACCAAGAAGAUGGUUUCAUCCAUUUAAAAUCAUCAGCAACUAAUAACUAUCCUUAUUUACACAAUAUAAACCCACAGGAUUUCAGUGCGAGUAAUGUAUCAACUCCAAGGGAUUCAAGUCAAACUGGUAAUCCUGACAAAAGAAGUAUGUGUAUCAAUUGUAAGUGUGAACUACCGCAGAGAUCUAUUGGAAAAUUUACAUUGAACAAUAAACAUGAAUCAAAUGGAAUAUCUACUGACUCCGGAAUUUCCAGUGUGAAUGAAGCUUACGACUAUCGUGUGGCUAUUAAAGCUGAAUCUAACCGUCAAGCUAAACAAGUACUAAGAAUGGAAGUGGCCGUGUUACGCCGUCUUCAAGGAAAACCGAAUAUAUGCCGUCUGUUUGGUUGUGGAAAGAACGCAAAAUUCAAUUACAUGGUCAUGACUUUACAGGGUAAAAAUCUUUCUGAGAUACGCCGAACUCUACCCGGAGCGGUAUUUACACUUGGUACAGCCUUCCGCUUGAUUAAACAGUGUAUAACUGCUUUAAAAUCUUUACAUGAUGCUGGUUUUCUUCAUCGUGAUGUUAAACCAUCGAAUUUUGCUAUUCAACGUGAUGAAACAAGAGACAGUUCACUUCGGGUAGAAGUCACUUUACUGGAUUUUGGUCUUGCUAGACCGUAUACAGUUAAUGGUCCAGGUACUGAAGUACGUAAUGCACGACAAGUUGCAGGAUUUCGAGGUACAGUUCGUUAUGCAUCUAUUAAUGCUCAUGCACAUCAAGAUUUAGCUAGAAGAGAUGAUUUAUGGUCACUUGUUUAUAUGUUCAUUGAAUUUGUUUCCGGUCAACUACCUUGGAGACGAAUACGAGAUAAAGAAUUAGUUGGACAAAUGAAAAUGGCUUUAAAUCAUAGAGAAUUGGCAAUCAAAUCUGGUUUACCAGUGGAUAUUGUUACUGCAUGGAUAACACAUUUAGAACAGUUAGAGUAUAAAAGUGUACCAAAUUAUAAUAUGCUUAUCACUUGCCUAGAUGAAUGGUUAAUACAACAUAAAAUACAGGAAUCAGAUUUUUAUGACUGGGAAAUUCCAAAGGUUAGUUCACUUGCGGAUGAUACGAAAAAUCAACAACCUGGUACGAUUACACUUCAUAAAGCUGAUCACAAAGCAAUCUUCUCGGAAAAACUUAGCCAUAAAGAAGUUAGAUUACAACAAUUAAAUAAUCAAGUAAAUGUAGAGGAUAUUGUUGAAAAAAAGCACAAUGGGAGAGAAGAGAACAAAGUGAAAGAAGAUGAAGAUGAUGAAGAAGAACAACUUAAUAAAAUGAAUGAAACAUUAAAACCAAACACACUCUUACAAUUAGUACGUGAUAACCAAAUGCUGAAAAUGAAGUCUUCAAUGAAUUUAAACAAUAGACAUUCAACUAGCCAUUGUAAUUUAAUGGCAAAUAGUCGUUCAACCAUUGCAGAAAUAAGUAAAAAGAUUUGCGAUGGUAAAUUACUGAAACGAAAGAAUAUAUUAAAAAACCACGGUAGUCUAGGUGCUGACUUAUCAAGUCAUGAUGGAGAAAUGGAGAAUGCUAUGAUUAUUGAAGGUGAAUACUCACAAACUAGGCAUAAUAAAUUAUCAACAGUUCAUAAUAGUGCAGACUGUAUUCUAAUCGACGAUGAACAUGAAGAUGAUGUGAAAGGAUUAGCAGAGACGGAUCUAGGUGUUGACACAAACGAUAAACACUCACUAAGAAUAUAUGAAAAUGAAAGAAAUAACUUGAAUACUAUUAAGAAUUCAUUUGAUAAUUCUCCAAGGAAUGUGACUACAACUGAAGAGAAAAAAGCAGAAAUUUCACUAACUAAAUCUCAAUUACCCAUCACAUCUAAUUCAUCAUUAGUAAACGUAACCAAUAAUAUUGAUAGUUGUAGAAAUAUCGUGGAUCAUAAAGUGGAAGAACCGGUGAAAGAAUAUUCAAAAUUAAUUUAUACAAAACCAAUACAAAACAAUUCCACUGGACAGGAUCUUGUAUCAGACAAAGAAACUAGUCAAUUUAUCAAAGACUCAUGCAUUUCAAGAACAAAUCUUAGUACUAAAGAAAUAAAUCAAAAUAUUCAAGACGAUAAGUUGGAUGUAGCUGGACAAAGUCUGUUUGUUCCGACCUUCAGAAGAAUGAGUUCAUCUUCUAUACCACAAACGAGUGAUUGUACAACAAAUCCUAGAGCAAAAAUACAUGCUAUAAUCAAGAAUUUACUUGCUUGUCGUCAAAACAAAGGCAAUGAUCCACCUAAAUUAAGUGAAUCAACUUCUCAAAGAUUACCUAAUUGGUCCGGACUUGUAAAAACACCAAAAGAAUUUAACAAAUUUAGUGACACAAAUUCCUCAAAUUUAGAUUUGAGAUUUGGAAGUGAUGUUGAUAAAUCUACUUGUCGAUCUAACAACACUUCAGUAUUUGAUCAGACUUCACCAUAUUAUAUUCAUUUUUCAUUGGGUCAUAUCAAUGCACAUGACAAUGAACAAUAUCAUAGAUUUCUGACCGUACCGCGUAAGGAUCACAUCAGUUUGAGCACAUUACGUCUUAAUCGUACUGGAGACUCACUUAAAUUCGAUAGGUCAAAUCCAAAUUUCGAAGCUAAGUUCAUACAUGAAAGCAAACACAGUACGGCAACUAGUUCAGAUCAAAUUUUAAUUGAUAAUGUGGAGAAUACCUGCAUAACACAUAAUUUAAAUUCUCAGUCGGAGAACCAUCAUCCAGUUCCACGAAGAAAACGAACACUUUAUCUAAAUAGGUAUCAUUCAGAACAAUUAAUUCAACCAUCGCAAAAUAUCACCAUAAAGUCAUUAAAUAUUCCACAGAAUAACCAUGAAAAUUUGAUGAAUUUAACGAAAUCAUCAUAUCAAAACAACCUUCCUUUUGAAUUAACCGCCGAAAACUAUCGACAAAAGCUGAUUGAUAACAAACAAAAACAUUCACAGCAAAAAAGUAUGAAUUCAACAAAACUAGUUGGACAAAGCAUACAUCCUACUUUAGAAACAAGUAAAAAUAUACACCAAAACCGUAGGAGUAUUACUAAUAUUAAUAAUAACGGUGGUACUGAUAAUCUUAGGGAAAGUGAAAACUUAGAAAAAAUCAAACAGCUUGGUUUAUUAGCUAAGACGUUGGAUGCAAAACUGAAAGGUAGUAAUGCUAACACUGCUUCAGCUAAUGAAAACUACGAAAAGUCCAUUAAUCAACAGGCAGUAUUGAGAUCAACUAUCAGUGGCUCGAAAAUAAAUCAGCCUUCAAAAAGUCAGUCAAAGUGCUUGGCUAAAACAUGUCCAGAAAUUUCAUAUGAUCCAGAAAUUAGCAAAUCUUCGGUACAGUACGAUAAUAGAUCUAAAAGGCUUAUCAAUAGAGAUUCAACGAUGAAUACAAAUAGAUCAAUUUCAAAAAUGGUUCAACAAAAUUGUCAACAAGCAAGUUUAAAAUCUUCAAAUUUUCAUUCUGCAGAAAAAUUGAUUAUUCGAAGAAAUGAUGACAAACAAAAUAUUGAAUCAGUUAAUUACAGUUAUUCACCAUUAAAAUUAACAAAUAGCUUAUUAACAUCAAUGUCAUCAAAUAAUGUUUGUUGUAAAUCAAUUUAUUGUCAACAAUCAAUGGAUAAAUCACGACGUCGUCGGUUGAAUUCCAUUCAUAUCAUACCUUCAGAAUUAUAUCAUAGUCAACAAAAAAAUGAACAAUUUACUAUUUCUACCAUUGAUAAUAAUAAUAAUAGUGGUAGUGGUAGUGGUUCAUCAUGCGUUUCUAAAAUUAAUUUAAGAACAUUAAGAUCUCAAUCAGCAGAUAGAGUAAUGAAACCACGAACAAGUUGUAAAACUACUAUACUACAACCAUGUCAUCUAAUUCAACCAACUUUACCUAAUACUUUAAUAAUUCGUUCAAAACCAAAACGAACUUUGGAUAUCACAGUAAAUGAUUCUCAGAAAAUAUCCAAAAUUAAUUCAUUUACAUCAACAAAAAGGUUUUAA